AUGCGCCUCCGGACUUUUGCCGCCUUCUCGCUCCUCGCGAUCCGCACCUUUUGUGACGAAGGCACCUGCGACCAAGACCAACGUCCCGAUGAAGUUUCGGCAAGACUGGCCGUGGAAGCGGACGGCGCUGGGCCCAGCGAGGGCCUCCAGCUGCUCCACACUGCGGCAGCGCAGGCCCGCCCUGGCUCGCCAAGGGCCAUGGCUUCCUUAGAUGCCUUGGGCCGCCUCGCGGACGUGGAGCUGUCGAGCAAGGGCCGAACCGGAAUGUCGCUUCGCGACAUGGCCUUGAAUGGAAAGAGCAGAGGGCAAGCGCUUGAGGAGGCAGCCAUGGCUGCGGCGGCGCUUGCCGUGGCGGAGGAAGCGGCAGCCGCCCGCGCGGUCGGCGGAGGGCGGGCUGCACAGCUGCUCGCGUCUGCACACCGCACGAGCAAGCUGCACAACGGCGCGGCGAUGAUGAAGGCUCACCCCUCGAGCGGGGAAGAUGCCGGGUCCACAGGCACCUCCACCACGUCCGUCGCGCCGGGGUCUGCUCCAUCGCCGGCGGCGGCUCCGUCGCCGGCAGCCACCGAGCCAUUUCACCAAAGCAUCAACCCCUUCAACCCGUUCCGCAACCCCUUCUUCAACCCCUUCGUCCCGAACCCCUACGCGCCGUUCGGCAGCUCAGGCGGCGGAGGCGGCGGGCAUCGCUUGCCUACGUUCUUCGUCAUGUUCAUCGUCGUGGUGGUGAUUGUCGUAGUCGUGGGGCUGUGCAACGGCGUUUUCGACGACGAGGAGGAGGAGUCCAGCGGUGAUGAUGAUGGGGGCAUCCGUGGGCGACGGAGACGGGAGCGCAUCCGCGACGCCAUCGUCCACGGCGAGGGUCGGAAAGGGCCCCUGGGCUGGUGCUGCUGUGGCAUCUGCGGCAUCUGCUCGCGAACGGUCAUUCUGUUCUUUCUCUGCGCCCUGCUGUUUACCUGCAUUGGCGGGGCGGUGCUCUGGAACAGCGGUGUCCUACAACCGCUGCUGGCGCAGCUGCUUCUGUACGGAUACAUGAUCGUGCUGAUCGCAGCAUUUGUGAGCGUGCUGGUGUGGGAGGCGACAUCUUCCUUGCGCAAGGCGAUCUCACACAUCUUCGGGAAGGUGGAUCAGGUCGACCAGAUCAUUCCGAACUGGUGGUCGCCGAAGCCCAGGGGCGACGGCCCGCGCUUCUGA